GAGUUAUGUCUGCACCCCAGUCCAUCACUACCUGAGUAAGGAGCAGCAGAGGUCAGUGAAGACGAUGUCGGUGUGGGAACAAAGGGCCAGCCAACUGAGAAAACAGAACCACGCAAGCUGUGAGGCGCUGUACAGUGAGCUAACUUCAGAAGAGCGACUGCACAUAGCGUCAGCCCUACACAUGCGGCCAGACAUGAAGACUCACCUUGACCGGCCGUUGGUUGUUGAGCCCCACAGUGGCAGCAGCCAGCACCACCACAAGAAGACUUGCUUGUUAGAGGAGGCUGACACUGCCUCGGACCCACCUCCCCCUGUGCCUCACCAGCCCCGCCAUCAGCACUACCACCGAGACAGAGAACGAAAACAGGAAACUAAUGAUAAUGGGAGACAUCACAUCCAUCACAGCCGCUCCAAAAACCAUGACAGCAGCCGGGACAAACGGGGGAAGAGUGAGAGGUCCCACAGCCGGGAGGGAGGCAGGAAGCACCGCCAUCAGUGUUCAGUGGAUGACAGUGGAGGUUGGGGGAACGUAGGUGAGAGAGAUCACCACCAUCAUCAUUCACACCGGCAGUCCCGAGGUGGCAACGGGACAGUGAGUAGUGGAGGGAGGGGAGAGCGAAGAUCUCGCCACAAAGAUGGACAUUUGUCUAACAGGAAUGGAGAUAGGAAUUCCAGAGGAGGCAGUGGUGCCAGUGGAGAGAGAAGAAGGCAUCGCAUUCACGGAUCCAGGGGACACUCCACAGAAUCUAAUGACAGAGAGAAGACCCAUAGUCAGAGGUUUGGCGAUUCAGAGGGUGAGUCCUUGGCUAUCACCCCCCAGCAAGGCUCUGGGGGCACUAGCUGGCCUCCUGACCAUAUAGAAGACUCAGAUAACCAGAAGAAUGUCAGACGAACUAGGCAAACCUCCAUCCAGAUUCCUCCUGUGACUAUCACCUCCCCACCUGGAGAGACCACCCUAAUACAAAGUCAGUACCUAACCUAUUAACAUAUACAGUGGCUUGCAAAACUAUUCGGCCCCCUUAAACUUUUCUAUAUUUUGUCACAUUACAGCCACAAACAUGAAUCAGUUUUAU